AAGCAGUCGAUUAUUGAUACAAAAAAAAAAUAAUCUCUCAACUUUCCUUAAUUUUAUCUGAGAUUCCUUCGAUAUCUCCGUCAACAUCUCCGCGAUAAUUUUCGUACAUCGACAAUGGGCAGCAUUUGUGGUUGUUGCGGUUGCUGUUCCGCUCUGAGACCUCGAUACAAGCGUUUAGUUGACAACAUCUUCCCCGUUAACCCCGACGAUGGACUCGUCAAGUCAAACAUGGAGAAACUCACUUUUUACUCCCUCAGUUCUCCGGAAAAGUUGGAUCGGAUUGGGGAGUAUUUGUACCAAAAAGCGACGAAAGACAUCAAUCGUCGACGUUACAAGCUGGUUGAAAUUGCAAUGGAGGCCAUGGAUUCACUGUUGAUUGCGUGUCAUGCUCAAACGUUGAAUUUGUUUGUUGAAUCAUUCCUGCGGAUGGUGCAAAAGUUGUUGGAAGACUCGAAUCCGCAUUUGCAGAUCAUGGCAACGAAUUCUUUCGUUCGUUUCGCCAACAUCGAAGAAGACACCCCGAGCUACCAUCGCCGUUACGACUUUUUCAUCUCGAAAUUCUCUUCCAUGUGUCACGGCAUCCACGACGACCUCGAAAUGCAGAAAAAUAUGCGUUUCGCCGGCAUCAAGGGCUUGCAAGGCGUCAUCCGAAAAACCGUUUCUGACGACUUGGUCGAAAACAUUUGGGAAAAACAACACAUGGAAAAAAUCGUUCCUUCUUUGCUAUUCAACAUGCAAUCUGGACCGCUGACGAGCAUCGAAGAAGACAUAAAUCCGGCAUCGACACCUUCCGCCCUUGCCGAAUCAGUAUUACGGGAACUCGUGAGUCGCGCCUCAUUUAGUCACAUCCGCGCCGUACUAAAACCGCUGUUAACGCAUUUGGAUCGUCACGAUUUAUGGGUCCCGAACAAAUUCGCAAUUCACACUUUCCGUAUUGUGAUGAUUUCGAUUCAACCGCAAUAUUCGUAUACCGUCGUUGAGACGUUGAUGGCGCAUUUGGAUCAAAAUUCGAGUUCAUCGCCGAAGAUAAAAACCUCGAUAGCGGUUGUUUUGUCGAAAAUUAUCGCAAUUGCCGCUGGAGAAAGUGUCGGACCUUCUGCGUUGGAUAUCAUCAAUAAUUUGUUGAAUCACUUGCGAACAAGUGUCAAAAUGCAACAAGAAUCGUCUCCGGAAGCGACUUUGUAUCAAGAAGCUCUCAUCAAUGCAUUAGGCGAAUUUGCGAAUCACCAUCCCGACUACCAAAAAAUCGAAAUAAUGCUCUUUAUAAUCAACACGGUGCCAGAUUUGUCGAAAACUUCGAAGGAUGACUUACUUUUGCAAAGUAUUUUAUUGAAAUCCUUACUCAAAGUCGGGGUCCAGUAUCGCACAACUUCCUAUGAAAAAGCUUUUCCGGCGUCAUUUUUGCAACCUUUGAUGAAAAUGGCACGUGCGCCGCAUCCCCAAACCCGAAUGUUGGUCAUGGAAAUUUUUCAGGCACUUUUGGAUCGUCACUCGAAUAAUUCCGUGCUGGAUGUCGUCAAUCUCAGCAACUACCCGGGCCUGUCAAUUGAGCCGCCAUCACGUUCUGACAACAUGUUUAUGCACAAAUAUGGCGCCCGCAUCAUGCAAGCCUUGAUCGAUGGCAUCGCCAAAGACGAUGAUGUCGAUGCGACAAUUUCCUUCUUCAAAACUUCAGCUUUGCUGAUCAUCGAGAUGGCUUGCACCGAAACCAUUCAAGAAUUUCUCCUUUUUAUCCUCGGAUUUCAACAUGCGGCGACUUCUUCGGACAUUUUAAGCAAUCCCCAUAAAUGCAACUUGCACAUUGUCACGAUCGUGUUGUCAAAAAUCCUCGCCAAGGUCACGGGAGUGACAAAUUUAGCGGAAUACGUUGAAAAAAUCAUCGCAGCGAGACAAGAAGAAGUCACUUACCUGCUGCCGCCCAUGAUCGAAAGUCACAAAACGAUGCAAAACGCAAAUUUAAAUCUUCCCCAUUUGAUGCUCGAUAAAUUGGCGCUCGCGGAGGCUCUUCAAGCAUCCGGCAUGGAAUUCAAUCGCAUCCAAACCGGAACUCCUUACUGUUUUUCGGCGCUGGAUGCCUCCCAAAGACCUUCCUGGGCAGAAAAUAUGCCGAGAUCAAGUAUUGCUGACACAAGUACGUACAACAAUGACAACGACAGUGUCGGAAGUUCCCCGGGUGUCAUUAAAAAAUCUCUUCCAUCGGAUUAUAAUUUCGAAUCGAUGAAACGAAUGUUGGCGGAACCCACGGAACGGUCAAAACGCGAGGCGAGAGAUAAGGAAAUUCAGAUUAUUCGGGCGUUUCGGGAAAAUGACUUUGAUGAUUUGAUUCGGAGAACGGAGCCGAAACAUGAUGUCAUCCAGAACAGACUCAAUGAGUUGUUUAAUUCGUUAGGUACGGAAAGGGCGACGCAAGUUGAUGGCAAGAUGCAGAAAAUUUAUGAGAAUAAUUUUCCGGAGUUGUUCUUUUAUUAAAAAAAAAUGGAAAGUUGUUGAUUGUUGUUAAUUAAAAAGAAAAAAAAAUUAUUUGAAUUUUUAGGAGAAGAAAUAAAAUUUGGGAGAAGGACGAUGGGUUAAAUGUCUUUAAUGUUAUAUUGGUGAAUA